GCAGCUGACAAGGGACUGGAGUCAUAUGAUUUCCAGCCAGGGAAGCACCACAGCAGCUGAGCUUUUGCAAAAAUGUUGCAGAGCAAGCACCCGCUUCUGCUCCUCUCCCUGCUGGCUCUGAGCUCAGGUUAUUUGAUAAGGACCCCAAAGAACCAAAACAGGCUGGGGUAUGUUCCUGUCAGAAGCAAUGCAACGAAAUCUUGCGUGACCUCGGGGAAGUCGUGCGAGACUUUGCCGCCAUUUUGGGAAAAAAUGGCGGCGCCUGGGAGCUGGGAAAAGCCGCAAUCAACGGCUGGUGGCGGCAGCAGGGGCAGCAGGGGCCGGCCAAAAGGCCUCCGGGGCCACAUCCGGCCCCUGCAGGCAGCAAGUGUCCUGUUUGUUGAUAACCCUGUUGGCACUGGAUACAGUUAUGUGAAUGAUACCCUGGCCUAUGCCACAGAUCUCUGCACUGUCACUUCAGAUAUGAUGGUAGUUCUUAGAGAGUUCUUCAGGUCUAAAACAGAAUUCCAGCAAAUCCCUUUCUACAUCUUCUCAGAAUCUUAUGGAGGAAAAAUGGCAGCUGCCAUUGCUUUGGAACUUCAUAAGUCUAUUCAAGCUGGAACAAUCAAAUGCAAUUUUCUCGGGGUAGCCCUGGGUGAUUCGUGGAUUUCUCCUCUAGAUUCUGUGCUUUCCUGGGGGCCUUAUCUUUACAGCACUUCUUUGCUUGAUGAUAAAGGUUUAAAGGAAGUGACUACUGCUGCUAAAAAAAUCUUGGAUGCUAUGAAUAAAAGAGAAUUCAAACUGGCUACACUGCUUUGGAGUAAGGCAGAGGAUAUCAUAGAAGAGAAUACAAAUGGUGUGAAUUUCUAUAACAUUCUAACUCGGGAAACUACUUCAAAGGUUGCUGUGGCAUCACCAGGAAGUGAAACAUUCCCCUUCUUAAAACUCUUCCAACGUCAUGUUCAGUAUCAAAAUAAAGACAAGCUGAGUGACUUGAUGAAUGGGCCCAUCAGGAAGAAGCUCAAAAUAAUUCCAGACCAUGUGAAAUGGGGAGGUCAAUCCCAAAAUGUAUUUAUGAAUAUGGCUGAAGACUUCAUGAAGCAUGCAAUUGAUAUUGUAGAUGACUUGCUGGAAGCCAAUGUCAAUGUUACUGUCUAUAAUGGGCAGUUGGAUCUCAUCGUUUCUACCAUAGGCCAAGAAGCAUGGCUCCGGAAACUGAAAUGGCCAAAGCUGAAAAAAUUUAGCGCACAGAAAUGGCAGGCAUUAUAUACCUCCCCAGAAUCCAGCGAGACAGCUGCUUUCCAUAAGUCCUAUGAUAACUUAGACUUCUUCUGGAUCCUCAAGGCUGGACACAUGGUGCCAGCUGACCAAGGUGAUAUGGCACUGAAAAUGGUGAGGAUAGUGACACAUCAAAACCAUUAACAAAAUUGGAACCAGCUAGUUUGGCUUCCCAGUAAAACUGCAGCUUGCUGUUGGAGUGGGCCCUGACCCUCUUCAUUGCACAUUGAACUGCAGGAGGAACGAUUGCUGUUCAGCAUCUAGUGUGUCUUUCUGCUAUCUGGUACUAUGCAAGACAUUUUAAGGAGAUGAAGAUAUAUUAUCUUUUAUAUGGAAUUUUCUGCCCCUGCAUUAAUUACCCUGCUGACUUUCAAUGCGAUAAAUAAUUCACCGAAGACCUGUUUUCUUCUGUCUUACCUCUUUUAUGAAAAGUGAAAAGCUUUUGAUCAACUAGAGUAGAGGUAUAGUUCUUAAGGUCUCAAACUCAAGAGAGGAAUAGUGGAUGGAUUGUCUUUGUCAGACCACACUGUUUGCUAUGAAUUACCAGAGGCAAUUUUGUGGGUUAGUAUGUAUGUCCUACCUACUAAGGCUGUGAAAUGUUCUACUUGGAGUAGCUUUGCAGUUAGCCUCCACGCCCCACGGGAGCUGCUCAAUCUCAUGCCAGCACUCCCCCUGGCUGUGCCAGCUCUUCCUGGACUGGGCAGAUUCUCCCCAUGCCUGUGGGGGCAUGGCUGUGGCCCUCACAGACAUCCUUCUGGCCCCAGACUUCCAGAAACCCCACCAGAAGUCCAGGGUCAGAAGUCCCGCCUACCCCAGAAGUCCUGCACCCCACACUGGAUGUCACCCAUUGUGGGGAUGUCACUGACUCUCAGAUAACCAGUCACAUUUGGCUUCAUACUUGCUUUUUACAGCCCAUUGCAAUUUGAUGUAAAAAAAAAAAAAAAACCCUAGAGAACUACAUGUCUUCCAUGUCUGGGUUAACCAGUGUUCUUGGAGUGCUUGCAAACAUUGUUACUGUAAUGAAAUGUUAGCUAUGUGUACUGAUGUUAUACAAGGACUCAGUGUCUGUGCACUGGCCUGUUGUUGGUCCAUAAUAUAUGGGAGGUUGUCAGAGUUGGACAUUUCUGGCCUCAUAUUGUUUGCUCUGGCAGCAGUCUGCACAGUCCCUGAAGCAGAGAGAAGUCUUCUCUUGCCACCUGCUACCUGGUUCUUUAAAAUAGGGAAUGCCAGCAAUUCAUGCUGAAGAUGCUGAGAUGUUUUACCUAACAUCAUAUGACCAGUCAGUUAUGGAUAUUUUGUUAUCAGAGUACCAGACUAGAGGAACAGUGGAGUUGACCAAGUCAUAGUGCUGCUGAGUUCCACUUAAUAUCACUAUGUACAGUAUUCUUUCCUGUGGUUCAAAUUUUAUGUCCCAUUGGGCAAUCACAAUAAGAGAAGUCACACUUCAAUGAGUGUUCCUGUUCUAGUUUCAUUUCUACUGUUUGCAAUCUCAUUGUCUGCUCUGAAUAAGGAGCAGACAACCUCAUGCCUCUACAAAAUAACAGAAAAAUGAAGGAAAUGAUCUUGCUGGAUAAUCUUGAAACAAAUACAGAAACCUUGCUCAGCAAAUGGUUGUCCCAUUUUCUUCUCAUUCUCUAGCUGGAAAAUUGGUAUAUUCUAUAGCUGGUAAGUCCCAGGUUUAAAUGAUGAUACCUCACCUGAAAAACUAAAGUUUCCAGGAGAGGUAUAACUGAAAACAUGAUUUAUGUUGGCAGUGAAAUUCACUUGCUUCUUUCUACGUGUAUCUAAUGCAUGUCUUUUUAAUGACUCCAAAUACUAAUAAAACCCAGGGAUGAAACCA